AAGCAGUGACGUGAUAUCACUAAGAAAAACAAUAAUGGAGGCGUGUAAUAUCGUUGAACGUGAAGUUGACAAGAUUUUAUUAAAAUUUGGAGUGGUAAACAAGCAGGCAGAGACAGUACUGCAGGAUCUAAUAAAUCAUAUUGAAUCUUUAAAAAGGGAAUUUACUCAAGCACCAGACAAUCAUGAGUUAACCCCAGGACAAGUGCAAAUAUUAAAAGAGGCGAUGAAAAAAGUUUGUGAAACUGUACAUUGUUUAACCACAGAGCACAGAGAUUUACACGGUUCUGUUUCAAAAGUAGGAAAAGCAAUCGAUAGAAAUUUCACUGCAGAAUUUGCAAGUACAAGCAAAGAAGAUGUUUUCUCAGGUCCAGAAAAAUCACAUCUUUUAAAUCAAGUUAUUUGUCAGCACUUUUACCGUCAUGGCAUGUUGGAUAUUGCAGCAGAAUUAGCAGCGGAAGCUGGAAUUAAAACAGAGGAAGGUACAAAGGAGCCAUUCACAGAAUUAAAUUAUAUAUUGGAUUGCUUAAAGCAAAGAAAUCUGGAACCUGCACUUGAAUGGGCUAAAAGACAUAGAGAAGCACUUCUAGCACAAAAUUCGUCUCUUGAGUUUAAGCUUCAUAGGUUACAUUUUAUAAGACUGAUUCAACAAGGACCUAGCAAACAAACUGAAGCAAUAAAUUAUGCUCGUCAAAAUCUUACGCAAUACGUCGGACGACAUGGAAAAGAGGUGCAGGCAUUAAUGGGCACGUUAUUGUAUUUACCAAAUGGAAUACAGUCCUCUCCUUAUAGUCAUUUAUUGGAUCCUACUUUAUGGCUAGAUAUUCACGAUGUAUUCACGAGAGAGGCUUGCACAUUAUUUGGUUUAAGCGUAGAUAGUCCUCUUUCUGUGUGCAUUAAUGCGGGUUGUACUGCGUUACCAACGCUUUUGAACAUUAAGCAAGUUAUGCAACAAAGGCAAGUAAAUACCGUUUGGAAUGGAAAAGAUGAAUUACCUAUUGAAAUAGACCUCGGCAAAGACGGUCGUUAUCAUUCUGUUUUCGCGUGUCCAAUUCUAAGACAACAAAGUACAGAGAAUAAUCCGCCAAUGAAAUUAGUCUGUGGACACGUUAUUUCAAGAGAUGCGUUAAAUAAACUUACUAACGCAAACAAAUUGAAAUGUCCAUAUUGUCCAGUAGAACAAAAUCCAGAAGACGCUAGACUUAUCUACUUUUAGAUUACUGUGAUACAAUAAUGUGAACGAUCUAUAACGCUUAAGCCAACGGCAAGGACAUACAUAUAUUUAGAUCAAAUCAUUGUAUGCCGCGAAUUUGGUAAUCGUUAUUUUUUAUUUGGCUUAGUACACUGAUUUGCGACCUUGUCGUCAAAACGUGAAAAUAAUAAUUAGCACAUUUUACUAUGGAAAAGUGCUGAAUAUUUGGUAAAUACUUCGGUGACGACAAUCGACACUGUUUUAUUAUUUUAGUGUCUUUUGAGAAGUAAAUAUCUCAACGUAAUUACGUAUAAAUUGAAGUAUGUUAAUUUAAUUGUAAUUGUUUGAGAAUGAAAUAUAAAUAUAAAUAAAUAUGCAAAUAUAUAUAUAUAUAUAUCAAUAUAAAUAAAUAUGAAAAUAUAUAAAUAUAUAUAUAUAUUUAUUUAUUUAUUUAUAUUUAUAUUGCACAUCUUCACAUAUACGCGAAUACGAUAAUAUGAUUAUAGUAGUAUUAAGUAAUAUGUUUUUGUAUAUACUGCUGUUGAAUGUUAAUUAUCAAUUAAAGUUGUUUGUAAUGAUAGCUAUCAAUGAGAGAUGAUAUGUGAGUUACAUAAAAAGUCAGUGUGUAUUAACGCAACCAUAUUAUAGUCUUUUCGUUUGUAACGUAGGAUCUGAUUCAUCCGUCGAAAAUUAUUACAUAGUCAGUCAUCGAUACGUGUUCUUUAACAAAAUAUUUUUCUACCCUGGAUAUCUAGAGAAUAAAUAAAUUUAAUAUUGUGUA